UCAAUAGACGACCGUACGCUAGUGGCUCAGUUCGCAAGUGUCCGCUGCCAGCAACGGUACUACUGGCAGCCAGUUUUGUUCCAUCUGUUCUUACCGUCUCUCACCGUCUCACCGUCCGCGAUACGCCGCCAGCAUUCAAACGGUCAACCUGCAUAUAUGCGGUAGUUCGUCGUGUCCACAACCCAAAAAGUGCUCUCGACUUUUUUGGCCCAGUGACUUUGGUGACUUUGGUUUUAUUAGUGCGGACGUAAUAAUUCUUGGCAAUUUUCGGAACCCUGUAGAAUUAUCUCUGAACCUUCUUUGACCGCAAGUAACCUUGCGAGGUUACCUGCUGCGGAUACGUCAAUUGACCAAAGAACCUCCUGAUCUAUUACUUGACGCGUGAAUGAGUGUGUACGUGUGUGCCAAUAAAAAUUGAAGCAACAUACCAAAAAAAAAGAUGCCCGAGAGAGAGGGUAGUGAAUGUUAGGUUAUGAAAGAUAGCCGAGAGAGUUAGAGAUACGGAGAAUGCGAAUAAUUUUUUUUUUGAUUAUUUGGUAGCAUAUCGCAACUCGACUCCGAACUGAAACGCAAAUAAAUUUCUGCCGAGAGAAAAACCUACUCCGCGCCGCGAAAAUACUACCCACCCCAACAACGGAUGCGAGACGGGGUUUUGUGUAAACUGCAAACGUCGAUACUGAUUAGUUACACUUUUAUCUCAGGACCAAAUAUAUUUCAUCUCCGGCAAAAGACGGUGUUAACCGUCCAGGGCGGCAGGGUGGCAUGUGCGUCAGAUAUUAGCCCCUUGUGUGUCCCACUGUAUGUGUUUUGUGUUGUGAUUAGUAUCAGUUCUAUUGCACACCGGCAGCAAAAUGCAUUGUGAGUGCGGCAGAGGCAAAAGAUAUCAAUCGAAUCUGCAGUAGAAUGUUCCCGAGCACGGUAUAGAAGCUGUGUUGUAAUCUGUGUUUUGGAUUUGUACGAUCUCUCUGUCGCUCUGCUAAAAGAUGCCGUUGUAUUCAGAAUUGUAUCACAACUUUGUCGGUAACACCCCUAUCAUACCGACGCCGAUAGUAUCGGUCGGGUCCUCCACCUACAGUCCACCCACCUACGUCGGUGUGUCGCGUGCAUUUCCGAAUCCACUCUCAUCGACCAGCUCCCGAACCGCACCGUCUUUUACGCGCGGCUAUGUGCCCAAGCUGACACCGAUCACCGAAACGCCACUAACGAGCACCCGCAUAGCGGCACUCGGGCGUGUCAGUUCACCCAAGUUUCUGGGCGGCCAUCACCAUCAUCAUGGGCACAGUUCGCCAACCUACCAGAAACCACGGCGCACUAUCAACACGGCGGAUAUUGAUGUGUCGGCUUCGAAGUAUGCGGGCAGUACGCGCACUCCACUAUCCAGCCAUCGUGCGUCAGCUUUGCUGGAGACGAACCUAUCGUCGUCUAAUUAUGCCGGUGCGAGCGGUAGUUCACCCGAAUCUUCGUCAUCGCUAGCGACGAUCGGUACAGCUUCUAUCAACCAUCCGGAAAUCGAUCGUUCCGUUGGAACAUUAACCAGCGUAACGCCGCUGUCAACACGCGAUCAAGAACUCAACGAACGCAGCGAACAGCGGCGCGCUCGCUCAACAAUCAACCGCAACCGUACGGUGGUACGGUUGAACACUAUUCGGGCACGCAGCAAAUCACGGGGCAGUCGUGGGAGUACCGAAGGUCGGGACCGGCUUACCCUGCCCGAUGUCGCCGGUACCGAGCCGACGUUCGACGAGGAGAUGCUACUGCUGGAACCACCAGUAGUGCGUGCUGGCGGUAUCACCUCCUGGCGCGAUAACUUCCGCGAUGAACUGUCCUUACGGCCACGGACUCGUACCGAACCGAGCAAAUCGCCCGGCGAGUUGCUGCUCGAGAAGCAUCUUAUAAGGGACGAGGAGAGUCCGGCAGUACCAGCGGAGUCCACCUAUCCGCCGACACGCUCACCAGUGCCGAAACGACGCGGUACGAUCCGACGCAAGAGUGCCGUCAAGAUUCCGAGCUUCCAUGAGAUCUGUGCCGACAUCAGCUCGGACAAGCUGGACGAUGAUCUGAACGCGGGAGAGCUGCGCCGCCGGGCAUCGCAGCUAAUCGAGGACGAGUUGCUACAGUUUCAGGAAGAGCUCAAAAAAGCAGCAUCCACCACUAACAACCUUGCGCCGGAUUUGCUCGAGGAGCGGCUGAAGGAGGCACUGGAACAGCAAAAUGCACAAGACUCAGGCGUGGAGGUGGCCGAAAAGCGCAAGUUGAAGAAAAUCAAGCGUACGCGUACGAAGGUACUACCAGUCGUACCAUCCUCCGAACCGGAGCAGGAGAUGAAGUUGUCUGCUGAACCGGUGGUGGUGGUGGAGAAUGCAGUGCCACCACGAAUCGUGGCAGAGCUGGAAUCGAUCGAAGAGUGUACGGUGUACAAAUUGCCGAAAAAGAAGAAAAAACAGCCGGAGGAAACCGUCGCUAAGAAAUGUAUUGCCCCUGGUGGGUUACGGAAAGAGACGGCGGAACCGGUUCGUACCGAACCCGAGCUGCAGAAGGUACAGCUGGUGAUAAUGGAUCAGCCAAAACCACAACAAGCUGAUCUAACAAACGGAAUGUUAAAUUCGUCGAAGCGGGCUUCGGCGGACACCAACGACACCAAACCACUUGUCGACGGGGCAGGUCCUUCCGACAUUCAGGCUGGUGCAGCAGCAUCGCUGUUGAAACCAAUCGCACAAACAGUAGAACCGCGCAAGACAGCCAAAACGGGCAUAAAGACGUACGUGCGUAAGAAAACGGUAGAGAAUUUACCGGAACCAGUUCUUUCCGAGCCACUGAUCGGUCCUGAGAGUGUUACGCCGAAAGCAGUAAGUUGUCCUAUCGAGAAGUCAAACAUUAAAUCUGAUGCACUAAUGCAACCUAACACAGAACCAACUUUGAAAAAGAAUGAUUUAGAAAAGAAAAUAACGUCCCAAGCAGAACCAAAAGACCCGAAAGAACAAAACAAUUCUUCAACGAAUGAAGGAAAAACGGUGGUAGCAGCUAAUGAUAUAAAGAAAUCGGUUCAACUAGAUGAUACAGUCACGCCGAACAACAAAGAAACCGUUGCCACGAAGCCUUUAGAUAAGCAGACAAAGCAACCAGAAAAGUUAACUAUUGAAAGUAAGCCUUCAAACGUAAGCCAAGCAGUGGAAAAACCGGCAACAGUUAUCACAACACCAAACACCACCGUUGUUGAACAAAAGAUGCCAAGUUUACAGCCAGUGGAAGUCAAAGUCAACGAAGCUAAGGUUGCAAAACCAAUGCAAGCAGCGCAACAGCUAGCUGCUCCUAAAACCACAGUCGAUGGAAAACAAGCAAAAGAUCUUGUUGCUGCACAGGUGAAUGAAGUUCCGAAACCUCCAGAAUCUGGUGCACUAACGGCGGCAAAGAAAUCAACUCUCCUAACACAAUCUACAGGAACUUUAGGCGAGCAAAAAGUGUCACCUCCACCGCCCAUCGAACCGACAAACAAACUGCAGACAAUCAAACCGAAGCUUGACGAACCCAUGAAAAUAGUGCCAAACAAGCUGGCGCUCCGUAAAAAACCAAGCGAUUUAAAACGCUCCUCCGACGAGGUAGAUUUCUGGAGUACUAUAGGAACGCGUGAAACGGUGUCCUUUGCACGGCGCAAACAACAACUGGUGUUCCUCCGGACAACGGACGAAGAAGAAUCACCACCGGCUUCACCAAGCCAUCCAUUCCAAGGCUUACCAACGUCACCAACGCUACCGAAAUCAUCCGAAGCUAAUACGCGAUCGCUGGAGCAAAUCAAACCGCCCACAGCUGAACCUGCUACCAAGCUGAAGCAUGAUGAAGUUGCUCCAAAUAGUAUGAAAACGAUCAACACUCCCAAGAGCCCAGUGGAGACAAAGCCGGUAAAUGCAGAAAUAAAGCCACUGAUAAAGCCAAAUGCAGUAGACGAGGUCGUUGCAAAAGUUCCAGCAGUAAUAAAAGUACCGAAGAGUAAAACCAUAACUUCUGAGCCGGAUGUAUCAAAAGCUAAAGCAACCACAAUUCCAGAUGCACCAUCAGCUAAAGCUAAACUUCCCGAAGUUGCAGCAUUAAACGUGAAGCAAGCUGAAUCAAUUCAGCCCCAACUUACGUCACCUCCAGAAGCUAAGGUAUUGAAAACGACCACCACAACAACAGCUCUGGAAAAUGUAAAACCGAAGGCGAAUGCUUCAACAACACCGGAGCCUUUAACGAAACUUACUACAGCAGCAGAACCAUCCAUUCUAAAAGCAAAGACCAGUGCAAUUGUGGACGCCGUAACUCCAAAACCAAAACUUGCUAAUGUACCGGGAACAACAUCCCUGGCGAAAGAGAAACCUGACAGUCCUGUGGAGGUGCCGUUGGCGAAAGGUAAAUCAGCUACUUCUUUGGAGCCAGCUGCUACGAAACCAAAACCAUCUACUCCUUUGGAGUCUUCUGCUUCAAAAGCAAAUGUAUCCACAACCUUGGAGUCUUCUGCUUCAAAAGUAAGUCCAUCCACAACGUUGGAAUCUUCUGCUACUAAACCAAAACCAUCUACUCCUUUGGAGUCUUCUGCUAUAAAACCCAAACCAUCAACUCCUUUGGAGUCUCCUGCUUCAAAAGUAAAUGUAUCCACAACCUUGGAGUCUUCUGCUUUGAAAACAAAACAAUCCACAACGUUGGAGUCUUCUGCUUCAAAAGUAAGUCCAUCUACUCCUUUGGAGUCUUCUGCUACGAAACCAAAACCAUCUACUCCUUUGGAGUCUUCUGCUUCAAAAGCAAAUGUAUCAACACCUUUGGAGUCUUCUGCUACAAAACCAAAACCAUCCACUAUCGCCGAUAAAGUGCAGACAAAGGCAAACAUACCCAAAGUACCACCGACACCAGAUACUAUCACCAUUGCGACACUCGAUACGAAAAAGCUAUCGCCGAAGGAAUUGAUUAAAGCCAUCGCACCAAACAUUGCAGCCGCAGCCGAAAAGAAGAUGGCACAGGAGAAAACCAAACCGUCGGAAGUAAAACCGAACGCCGCUGCUAAUGCGUCAUCUGUCGCUGAUGCGAAUGCCCCAGUAGCUACUACUGCUGCCAACAAGCGGCAAGAUGAAGAGCCGGCGAAGAAAGUGAUCGUGAAGAAGGUGGUAAAGGUGGUGAAACCAAAAGUUCUUACCACAGCGAAGGCAAAGUCGGAACCGGAAAUGGAAGCACAGGCCGAGAGAGAAGAGGAACAGCGCCGAUUAGCACAACAGCAGCAGCAGCAGCAGCAAAAUCUCGAGCGCAUGAAGACGAAGCUGAACCAAAUCACGCUUAACAUGGGCGUGAAGGGAACCGAGGUGGAGGUGAAGGAAUGCCAAAAAUGUCAAUCGGCGAUAGUUUCCGAGGCGCUUCCGGUGGCGGUAGCCAUCGUGACGGCUACGCCUGCAACGCCGAAAGCGACGAAGCAGCCGAUCGCUAACGGGGCGAAGCUGACGAAGAAUAAAUUCGGUACGCUAGACAAUCUGAGCGACUUAUCAGCUGUGAACGUUCGCGAUCGUAACAUCACGCCAGUAGUGAAACCGAUACAGAAGCAACCGGUUGCAGAAGGUACAGUGCUGCAGCAGGUGUUCCAUUCGAGCAGUGAAGAGGACGGUGGCAAGGAGGAGCUGAGCGUAACACCAACGGUGGUUGCACGUGAAGUCGAUAACGACAGUGCAUCGGAGACAUCGUUCUCGGGCGUGGAAGACGACUGGUCAUCGGAGGAGGAAGACGACGACGACGAUAUGGCGAACGAUAAGCCGGAAAAGAAGAAGCCGUUCGAUCCGACCAAGCGCGUCAAGCUGAACUUUGACCAGAUGCGGAAAUGCUAUUCCAAGGAGGAAAAGUCGCCGAUCGUACUGGUGGCACGGCCGCGCCCACUCUGGAAGGUGAAGCGGCACGGUCACCGGCACAACCGGAAGGCGGACCUGACCAGCAGCAGCAGUGGUAGUAGCAGCAGUGACGACGAGAGUACCAGCACCUCCACCACCACGAGCAGUGGUGCAACGACCAGUACCAACACCACCGAUCAAACGUCAUCGGAGGCGGUAUCGAUCAUGGACGGUGCCACGUCGGACAUCAACACGGACAGCAGCGUCAACUCGAGCACGGGCGGCAAACAGAAGGGUCCGAAGGGCCAAACCAAGGGCAAAGGGCAGAAGGGUAAAGCGGAUCCGUUCAGUGACAUAUACGACAAUCCGAUGGUGAUACCGCUGCAUGCGGAACCGCGCACGAGCAGUCGGAAGAGUGGCGGUUCCUUCGUACCGCCGGCACGGGAUGAAAACAACAACACGCCGGCGGAUCUGGACGAGGAUGAACGGGCACGAUCGAUCGGUGCGGGGCAUGAGGUACGCAGUGCCAGCACCAGCAGCCAUGAUUCCGGCUUCUACGGCGGUGGUACGGCACCGAUCAGUCCGAAGAAGGCACUCGAAACGUCCUUCACCUAUGCACAGUUCCAGAAGACGGGCAAACUGACCGCUCCUGCAACAGUGAUACCGCGCUUCCGGAAGUACAACGUUGAGGAUUUCCAUUUCCUUACCGUACUGGGUAAGGGCAGCUUCGGCAAGGUUUUUCUGGCGGAGCUGAAAAAUACCGACUACUACUAUGCAAUCAAAUGCUUGAAGAAGGACGUCGUGCUGGAGGAUGACGAUGUCGACUGUACGCUGAUCGAGCGGAAGGUAUUGGCCCUCGGUACCAAACAUCCCUUCCUAUGUCAUCUGUUUUGCACCUUUCAAACGGACAGUCAUCUGUUCUUCGUGAUGGAGUACCUGAACGGUGGCGAUCUGAUGUUCCACAUCCAACAGAGCGGUCGCUUUCCGGAGGCACGUGCCCGCUUCUACGCAGCCGAGAUUGUAUCGGGGCUCAAGUUUCUACACCGUAAGGGUAUCGUCUAUCGUGAUCUGAAGCUAGACAACGUGCUGCUCGAUCAUGACGGGCAUGUCCGCAUAGCGGACUUUGGUAUGUGCAAGUUGGAAAUCUAUCUGGACAAACUUGCAGACAGUUUCUGUGGCACACCGGAUUAUAUGGCGCCCGAAAUAAUCAAAGGGCAAAAAUACAACCAAGCCGUCGACUGGUGGUCGUUCGGUGUGCUGGUGUACGAGAUGCUUGUCGGCCAGUCGCCGUACAGCGGCUGCGAUGAGGACGAGCUGUUUUGGUCCAUCUGCAACGAGAUACCCUGGUUCCCGCAUUAUCUCUCCAAGGAAGCGUUACGAUUGUUACAGUCGCUUCUGGAAAAGGAUGCCUCGAUACGGCUCGGUGUGCUCAACACGAUGGAUGAGGAGAGCGACAUCAAGUAUCACCCAUUCUUCAAUAGUAUUAUCUGGGACAAAUUGGAGAGACGAGCCGUCGAACCACCGUUCAAGCCCCAAGUCCGACAUCCACUCGAUACUCAGUAUUUUGACAAGCAGUUCACUCGUGAGCGAGCGCGACUGACGCCCAUCGAUCGGAACAUCCUUGCGUCGAUGGACCAGGCCCAGUUCGAAGGAUUCACCUACACCAACCCCAACAACACACUGACCAAAAUACGCGAGAAGCAGAAGAAAAAGCAGAAAAAAAUGUACUUCUGUCCCCAGUGCGGUGAUAUCAAAGUGACGUACAAUAUCUUCUAAAGCCUACCGGGUGUGUGAUAACUUUCCUGUUUGGACGACAUGGCACAAGGGGCAGGCAUGGCAUGGCAAAACAAAAGAGAGAAGAACAAUUCGCCCGAAAGAUUAAUCGCGUGCCCUAAAUUUGAUAAGCUGGCGUUAAGGUGUGAGGAUGGAAAAUGGGUUCCCUAAAGCAAACAAAAAAAACAACAACAACAAGAGCAAGCUGAUAAAGGCCAUUAAGCGUAGCAUAAAUGUUGGCAUUAUUAGAAGGGGAACAAAAUAGGCGGAAGUGCAUUGAAGGCAAUUCAACCGAUUGGUUCGCAACAAAACCCGCUCGUCGGAAUGCGGGUUUUCGAUUGGUCGGCCGCUAAAGCAACCCCUUUUUUGUUCAAUCAACAAUGUGUAGAUGAAACACUUUGACCACCGUCCUCUCCCCCCCCGGGUUUAUCCCGCUACCCCAUCCCCUUACCCAACGUAACCCGUCAUCAAUUUGCUCGCCAAGGCGCGCGAGGGGUGGGUUGUAUCGAGUCUUAUGUUCGUCUUACUCACUCGCAAAACCGGUGAAUAUACCGCCUGGAAAUGGCAACCCUUUAAAGUAAGAAAGCAAAAUCUACACUGCGGCUAGAGAGAUGACCUCAUACGGCAAUGAUUCCCACACCGAAGCAAAACCCCGCGAACGUAUGUGUCGUCGUAAGGCGGCACAUUAAUAGUGAUGAUUCUUAGUUUAAUCUUUCUAAACGUUUUGCUUUUGAUUUUUUUUUUAUUUUUGUAUUUUUGAUUUAAUAAUGAUGGAUAUCCCCGUUUUAAGAAAGCAAACAAAAGUUUCCUAUUUGCAACAUCUAUAUUUUCUUGGUGCAAAAUACUUGUUUAAAAUUUUUGUUGUUCCCUACUUUUCUUUCCCUCCUCUCUUUUUCUCCUCUUUUCAUCUCACUUUUUUUUGUUUUAAAAUGACAAAAUGAAAUUUAAAAAAACAACCCUCAAACAAAGACGGUGCAAAAACUUGGACAACUGAAAACGCAAAACAAACCAAGAACAGCCUGGAAGAUGCACAGCGCAAAAUGCCGCGCUACGCCAUAAAACGAACGUACGGGCAAUAGAUAAGCCGAGCGACCAACGAAGUAGCUAUAAACCGACUGGACGGGAACAACACAAUGAAAUGCCUACGCCCCCGUACUUUUACGCCGAUACUCUCUACCCUCUACCCCGACUCUCUUACGUCCAACUCCAAACGCUUAACCGGUUUUUUAAACCGAUCCAACCCUUUUUUCUUACACCUUGAACAAGGUGAACAUCCCCAAGAAAACGGGAAAUUUUUCCACGGGAGACACACAGGCCACGGACAAAGACUGCUUCUAUUUUUUUGUUGCUGUUGUCGAUCUGAAGGAAGAUCGAUACCUGCACACAUCCGGACGGUUUUAGUUUCUUUCUUCUAACCGACGUUUCAUGGACAAUUUUCGCAAACUUACCCAUUUGUAUAACUCAGUCCCCUUAUCAGUUUGCCCUUGCAUCCCCUUCUAUACAUACAUCCCAUCCAACAUUUUGACAUAGUUGGUUCGACCGAGUUUACUAAACUGGAUCCCAUAUUUUUUUUGCACCAUCACCGUCUUUCCAUUUCUUCCUUAGUCUUGUUCGAUCGUUAGUUUCCGUUUUCUUUUCCGUCGCAGAUGGUUUUGUUGUUUGUACUGUUUCCUUUUUGGGUUUUAUUUGUUCAUUAUGUAAACUUUAUUUAUUUCCAUUUUCUUCUUUUUUUUGCUUCUUUUUUUUCUCUUUCUCCCUCUCUUUCUCUUUCUUCUUUUCUUCUUUUUAUAAUGCUUUCGUUUGUUCAUGUCCUUAAUGAUUUAAUUUUUCGGUGCAUUAUGACAACAACGUACCUUUUGCGUUUUGUACUAAAAUAAAACAGCCAAGAUAAUGCUCGGCUUUAUAUGCUGCUGCGCAGCAGAUUUGAUAAUUAAAUAUGCAUUACAAAACAAUUGGAAAGUUUUUGCAUACAAACUGUGGGCAACUUAGAUAACAAAGAAUAGGUAGACUUCUCUCCUUCUUAUCAUUAUUUUCUUCCUCCCAACACCCCCCCCCCCCCCCCUCCCCUUCUCUUUCUCCUCCCUUCAAAGCCUUGUUUUUACUCCUUGCUUAUCCAUGUUUCGUUUCCUGACGUAUCUCUCUCUCUCUCUCGCGCGCUUCCGUCUAGCUGUUGUUUAUCUUGCUUUAAAGGGAUAUUAUCCAAGUAGUUAUGUGAAACGUUUUAGUAAUUAAGACUUAAGGUACACACACAAGCCGAAGCGAUCAAUCUCUAACGUGUUACGAGGCACCCGGGGCAGGGGCCAACAUUAUAACACGGUGCCUUAGCGCAGAAGAGAACAAUUAUGAACGUCCAGUUAGAGAAGAAACGCGAACAGGGCAAACAUCGAUCAAAAGGGUUCCAUUGGUUGGGCUUGGAUAAUAUAUAUUUAGAAAAAAAACACACCUUUUUGCAUUGUAAUAAUCUUACCUGAUCCCCGUUUUCCCAAAAACCUGUCUGAAGAAGUGAGCUGAGCUGAAAAAUGCACUUGUGAACGUGAGGCAGCAUAAGGUGUAUGCCAAGUAAAAACAAAAAAAAAAAGAACAAAAGUACAGUAUAGAGAAAAGAAAAUGUACAAGCAUGGGAGAAGAAAAAAAAAACAUUUAAAAAUGCUCUUAAAUGAAUUGCAAUUGCUACUGAUUCUUUUCCAUUGCAAUGUUUAUAGGGUGUAGGUUUGAAAUGUAAGAACACUUUUGUUUUGGCGGGGGGGCCCCAUUUAUUACCAAGGCGGUAAAAAUCACAUGCCCUUCACUAGAUUUUGUCCUGUCCUAAAGAUGAGAAAAGGUGACGCUUUGACUUGAAUUUGAAUUUAAUUAAACACACUCAUUCACUUUCCUUCGGAACUGGUUCUCAAUUUUACACCCUUAAGUGGGUGCAAUUUUAUAUGGUGAAGUUUUUUUUUAUUCGAACAGCAAAACUAAAAUUUGAAGACAAACAAAAAAAAACACACACAAACCAAACAAAACUACCAAUCAAAUUUAGUCGCAGAUAUUCUAUGUGAGCGUUUAUCUAUAUGUUUUAUUUAAAUAUUAUAUACUUGAGCAAUUUAGCAAUAUUAAUAGUUGCAGACAGAGCAGAGUGCGUGCCGAAUGCUAGUGAGGUUUUUUUAGGAUGGCUACGGCUAAGAAUUAGACACUCACAAUAUAUAUACAUACACAACCAGCUAUAUGCAGAUAAUUUUUAUUUGAUUAAUAAAAAAAACAACAACCAAGAGCAUCAA